GUUGCCUUCCUCCUUGUCAGUCAGAGGAGCGGUUUCCACAAUUGGUGAGCGGCUGUCCCCCCGACUUUAUUUUGCUGGGCGUCUACGUGUCAGCUUGAUGUUUGACUGAGAGAGUAUCUCGAAGUUUUAGGUGGAAGAUGUCGGAGACUAACAGAGCCGCACGUAGCGACGGAAACGAGGAGCAGGUUUCUGGUGCUGAAGUCAUCGCCCAGGCCCUGAAAACGCAAGAUGUGGAGUACAUGUUUGGCAUCGUAGGCAUCCCAGUGACCGAAAUCGCCGUUGCGGCCCAGAGGAUGGGCAUCAGAUAUGUCGGGAUGAGGAAUGAGCAAGCGGCUUGUUAUGCUGCCUCUGCGAUUGGAUAUCUGACAGGCAGGCCUGGCGUAUGCCUUGUUGUUUCUGGCCCAGGUCUCAUCCAUGCUUUGGGUGGUAUGGCAAAUGCAAACAUGAACUGUUGGCCCUUGAUUGUGAUUGGUGGUUCUUCUGAAAGAAGUCAGGAAACUAUGGGAGCCUUCCAGGAGUUUCCUCAGGUUGAAGCUUGUAGAUUAUAUAGCAAGUUCUCUGCCCGGCCAAGCAGCAUAGAGACUAUUCCCUCUAUUAUUGAGAAGGCAGUGAGAAGCAGCAUUUAUGGUCGUCCAGGUGCUUGUUAUGUUGACAUACCUGCAGAUUUUGUGAACUUGCAGGUGAAUGUGAAUUCUGUAAGGUACAUGGAGUGUUGCAUGCCACCUCCUGUUAGUAUGGCAGAGACCUCCGCUAUAUGUAUGGCAGCAACUGUUAUUAGAAAUGCCAAGAAGCCCCUUCUUAUCAUCGGGAAAGGUGCUGCUUAUGCCCAUGCAGAGGAGGGUAUCAGGAAAUUGGUGGAGCGGUAUAACUUGCCGUUUUUGCCCACCCCCAUGGGAAAGGGUGUUAUCCCUGAUAACCAUCCGAACUGUGUGGCUGCUGCCAGAUCCAGGGCUUUGCAAUUUGCUGAUGUAAUUGUGUUAUUUGGUGCCCGAUUAAAUUGGAUUUUGCAUUUUGGACUGCCUCCAAGAUACCAGCCAGAUGUGAAGUUUAUCCAGGUUGAUAUCUGUGCAGAAGAAUUGGGGAAUAAUGUAAAGCCUGCUGUGACUUUGCUAGGAGACAUAAAUGCUGUCACUAAACAGCUUUUAGAACAAUUUGAUAAAACGCCAUGGCAGUAUCCUCCAGAGAGCAGCUGGUGGAAAACUCUGAGAGAAAAAAUGAAGAGCAAUGAAGCCGCAUCCAAGGAAUUAGCUUCCCAAAAAUCUCUGCCUAUGAAUUAUUACACAGUAUUCUAUCAUGUUCAAGAACAGCUACCCAGAGACUGUUUUGUGGUAAGUGAAGGAGCAAAUACUAUGGAUAUUGGACGCACUGUGCUUCAAAACUACCUUCCUCGUCACAGGCUUGAUGCUGGUACUUUUGGAACCAUGGGAGUUGGUUUGGGCUUUGCCACUGCAGCCGCUAUACUGGCUAAAGCUAGAAACACAGGUCAGCGGGUCAUCUGUGUGGAAGGAGACAGUGCAUUUGGGUUUUCUGGCAUGGAAGUGGAAACCAUCUGUACAACUUGCCCAUCAUUCUUUUGGUGGUGAAUAAUAAUGGAAUUUACCAAGGUUUUGAUGUGGAUAGUUGGAAGGAAAUGUUAAAAUUUGGAGAUGCUACUGCAGUGUAAGUAACCCAGAACAGUAUGUAUUUAUUUUCCCUCAUCUAUUUUAAUGUCUCCUUACAAAGUCUGCUGUAUUAUAAUGUGCUUCUGUGGUGUGAAUAUUGUUUAUUUAUAUUUUCAGCCCCCCUAAAGGGCAGGAACCCCAUAUGCAUGGCCCCUCUUUGUACAACUGCCCAUGAUGGGGUGCUUCAAUAAAUAAUUUAUGAUCAGGGAGCCACUAAAGACUCAGACAAUUAAGAUUGAUGUGCAAGCUUUGUUAAUGAAAGGGCUUGUUGCAAAAUGCUUCCAGUCCUUCUGUUCCUACUACACCAUGGAGGAAAUGGAUGUUAACACAUUAUUUAUGGUCCAGAGAUCUUCCUUCUUUUUAUUACUUAACUAAUUCUUGAUUAUCUGGUGGCAGAGUCAAACUGUGACAGUAUCGUAGCUAGCCGUGUGGGAGUCAGCCUAGGGGUGGAAUGGGAUGUGAGUAUGUUUGCUUCUGCCUCACUGACUCCAUUUCUCAUUUUGUUGUUACUUGGUGUUUUGCAGUAACCAUUCCUCUUUUCUUCUUUUUCUUUUGGAUUCAUAGUAGCUGAUGGUGUAGUAGCUAGUAGCUACUAGCCAUGUGUGGCUAUUUAAAUUAAAUUUAAAAAUCGUUCUUAUUUUAACUAGUCACGUUUCAAGUGCUCACAGCAACAGGUCGCUAGUGACUAUCAUAUUGGAUAAUGUAUACAUAAAUAUAUAUAUUUAAAUGUAAAUAUAAAACAUUUCUUUCAUCACAAAAAUUCCUGUUAGACAUUGCUGUAUAGACAACAAAAAACAUAUGGAAAGUUUAGUGUACUGGCAUCUUUAGGUGUUGAACAUAAAUGUACACCUUUCAGCUCAGCCUAAAUUUUUCCACAGAUUAUUUCAGAGAAUGGCUUUUUUUCUAUUGACCUAUGACCUUUUUUAGGGCCCCUCCCGUCUGUCUUUUGCCAAACUCACAUUACGAGCAGGUUAUGACUGCGUUUGGAGGCAAAGGGUAUUUCGUACAAACACCGGAAGAGCUCCAAAAAUCACUGAGGGAGAGUUUGGCAG